GGCGGGGCGGGCCGGGGGCGGGGCCGGCGCGCGCGGGAAGCGCUCGCCAGGGAGGCGGGGGAGGCCGGCCCUGGGCUCGCCGCCGCCGCCGCCACCGUCGUCGGGGCGUCAUGGCCCUCUCGGUGCCCGGCUACUCGCCCAGUUUCAAGAAGCCGCCGGAGACGCUGCGGCUGCGGCGGAAAAGAGGCCGGAGCCUGGGAGCCGCCGGGGCGCCCGGGGAGCGGCCCGAGCCUGCGCCCCGCCGCGCCGCUCUGGCAGCCGGGCUGCCGCUGCGCCCCUUCCCGGCGGCGGGCAGAGGGCGCGGCGGGCCGGCGGGGGCGCGCAGAAACCCCUUCGCCCGCCUGGACAACCGGCCGCCGGCGGCCGCCGAACUCCCCGAGCCCCCCGAACCCCACGGCGGGCCGCCUCGCGGCCAGCAGGAGGCGCCGGGCCCGUUUCUAGAUUCUGAUCAAGAAAAUGGUUUGCUGUGGGAGGAGAACACGGAGGCUCCGGACUCCCUCCAGAAGACUCCACACGUAUCAUUUUCUGAAUCUGACCUCCCCUCCUCAGGAAGUGCCGAGUUACCGGCAGACUGGAGUAUUAAAACCCGACUCCUUUUCACCUCUUCUCACCCCUUCACCUGGGCAGAGCAUUUGAAAGCCCAGGAGGAGGCCCAGGGACUUGUCCAGCACUGCCGGGCCACAGAAGUGAGUUUACCCCUGAGUAUACAGGACCCCAAGCUGUGCACAGAGCUGCGCUGCGCCUUCCAGCAGAGCCUCGUGUACUGGCUGCACCCGGCCACACCCUGGCUCCCACUCUUCCCACGGAUUGGUGCCGAGAGGAAGAUGGCCGGCAAGAACAGCCCCUGGGCCACUGACGAAGAGCUGCAGCAUAUUUUAAUGAGUGACUGGUCUGUGAGCUUUACCUCUCUUUAUAAUCUGGUGAAGACCAAACUCUGCCCCUAUUUCUACGUUUGCACGUAUCAGUUUACGAUCCUGUUCCGUGCAGCAGGACUGGCCGGCAGUGACGUCCUCACUGCUCUCAUCUCUCCUACCACCAGAGGAAUCAGAGAAGCGAUGAAAAAUGAAGGUAUUGAAUUUUCUUUGCCUUUAAUAAAAGAAAACGGCCGCCCGAAGAAAGCCCCUGAAGCAAGCUCGGAGCAUGGAGAGGUGCAAGCGAUUAGUGAUGAGGAUGAAGAUGAAAGUUUUUCCUGGCUGGAAGAGAUGGGUGUGCAAGAUAAAAUUAAAAAGCCAGACAGACUUUCUAUCAAAUUACGGAAAGAAAAACAUGAAGUGCAAAUGGAUCAUCGACCUGAGUCUGUCGUGUUGGUGAAGGGAAUGAACACUUUGAUGUUGCUGAAUUUUUUGAUCAACUGUAAGAGUUUAGUUGCUAGCUCUGGUCCUCAGGCAGGACUGCCACCAACCCUCUUAUCCCCUGUAGCCUUUCGAGGUGCCACAAUGCAAAUGCUAAAGGCACGAAGUGUGAAUGUGAAGGCACAUGCCCACGCUGGUUAUAAAGAUCAGUUUAGUUUGGAGAUCACCGGUCCUGUCCUGCCUCACUGUCUCCAUUCUGUGAUGAUGCUUCUCAGAUCUGCACAGAGUGGGUCAUUUACUGCAGGACUGUAUACACAUGAGCCAACUGCUGUGUUCAAUAUCAACCCUCCAAUAGCUAAAGGACAGUUGAAGGAAGUUGUCCAUGAGGAGCUUGCUAACUGUGGAUUGCACCCAAAGACUCUGAAUCUCCUUAGCCAAGUACCGUUAUUGGGGAAAUCGUCACUGAGACAUGUGGAAAUGAAUGACUACAUCUAUAAUUGGAGGUCCUGAAGAUCAAGUAAGCCUAAAAGGAAUCUUUGAGGAAAAAGGCCUAGAAGGAAACUCAAGAUAAUCCCUUUGGCUAUAAAAUUUGAGUUGAAAGGAAUGUGAUCUUGAAUAUACAUUUUUAUUGCAUGCACUAAGCAGUAGGGCUGAUAUUAAAUCAUGUUUGUACUUCAGAUAUUCAAAUAUAAAGUUAAUAGACUUUUG